CACAAAUGCCAAUCUCACUCUAACUAUACACAAUGAACCAAUGCAAUUGCCCCCUCUCUCAUUUGACCCCAUAAUAACAACCUCUCUUCCUUCUUCUUCUUCAUCCUCUUCUUCUUUGCUUUUGAACCUGCACCGUCCUAAAAUUGCAAAAUUUCUCUCGUUUGUCUCUUUCACCUAAUCUCAUGUACUUCAGAAGCGGAUUCUCGGACUCAAACAACGCCACAAACAGCGGUGUGUGCUGCACAGCCGCCACCAACAGUGGCGAAGCCCAUUCAACUUCAAGCGCGUCAGACGUCACCGCGCUGAGGCGCCUCUCGGAGAAUCUGGCCUCAAUAUUCGAGGCCAACAAAGGGGGCUUUGAUUUUUUCUCUGACGCCAAGAUCGUGGCCGGCGAUGGGCGCGAAUUCGGCGUGCACCGGUGCAUUCUGGCAGCGAGGAGCGUGUUCUUCAAGAACGCGUUUGCGGGUGGCGGCAUGCUCCGGUUGAAGGAGGUGGCGAAGGACUACGAUGUUGGGUUUGAAGCGCUUGGGAGUGUUCUAUCUUAUUUGUACAGCGGCAGAGUGAAGGCUUUAGGCGAAGGUGAAAGUGGUGUUUGUGUUUGUGUUGAUGAUCAGUGUUCCCAUUUUGGGUGUAGACCUGCUGUCGAUUUCUUCGUUCAGUUGCUUUAUGCUUCCUCUACUUUUCAUAUAUAUGAGUUGGUAUCUCUUUAUCAGGGACAUCUACUAGACAUUCUUGACAAGGUGGCAAUAGAUGACAUUUUGGUGGUUCUUUCCAUCGCAAACAUAUGUGGCAAAGCAUGCGAUACACUGCAAGCAAGGUGCACUGAGAUAAUUGUUAAAUCCAAUUUUGACAUCACCACUCUAGAAAAAGCACUGCCACAACAUGUGGUGAAACAAAUCAUGCAAAAACGCAAACAACUUGGCAUGGAAAUGCCCGAAAUUUUCAACAUUCCAGACAAACACGUAAACAGAAUACACAGAGCACUGGAUUCAGACGAUGUGGAACUAGUGAGGUUGCUUUUGAAAGAGGGACACACUACUCUAGAUGAUGCUCAUGCACUUCACUAUGCUGUCGCAUACUGUGAUGUAAAAACCACUGCUGAGCUUCUUGAUCUUGGUCUUGCUGAUGUGAAUCAAAAAAACCAAAGGGGUUAUAGUGUGUUGCAUGUUGCUGCGAUGAGGAAAGAGCCUAAGAUUAUAGUGUCUCUUUUAACAAAAGGGGCUCAACCUUCUGAUCUCACUUUGGACGGUAGAAAAGCCCUUCAGAUUUCAAAGCGUUUAACCAAAGCUGUGGAUUAUUAUAAGGCUACUGAGGAAGGCAAGGUGUCAUGUAAUGACAGAUUGUGUAUAGAGAUAUUGGAACAAGCUGAGAGAAGGGAACCUUUACAUGGGGAGGCUUCUCUUUCUCUUGCUAUGGCAGGGGAUGAUUUACGCAUGAAAUUGUUGUACCUAGAAAACAGAGUUGGAUUGGCGAAAGUUCUGUUUCCUAUGGAGGCAAAGGUUAUUAUGGAUAUUGCUCAAGUUGAUGGCACAUCUGAAUUUCCAUCAACAGACAUUUACUGUCCAUAUAUGCUUGAUCACCAGAGGACAACUGUGGACUUAAAUGAUGCACCUUUCAGAAUGAAGGAGGAGCAUUUAGUUAGGUUAAGAGCACUGUCGAGAACUGUGGAGUUGGGAAAACGCUUCUUCCCACGUUGCUCAGAAGUGUUGAAUAAGAUAAUGGAUGCUGAUGACCUAUCUCAGCUUACAUGUAUGGGUGAUGACAGUCCUGAAGAUCGACUAUGGAAGCGAAGAAGGUAUGAGGAGCUCCAAGAGGUUCUCAAUAAGGUCUUCAAUGAGGACAAAGAGGAGUUUGAUAGGUCUGCCAUGUCAUCAUCAUCCUCUUCCUCUUCAAUAGGAGUGGUUAGACCCAAUGGGCAUGGCAAGCUAGCCAUGAAGAAUUAG